UGUCAGUGGGUGUGUCAGGGUAUCGGCGUGAAUCUGUUACUGUAUCAGCGCGAGUGUGUCCAUGUAUGUGUAUGAACGUGUCAGUGUAUAAGUGUGAGUGUGUCAGUGUAUAAGUGUCAGUGUGUCAGUGUAUCAGUGUGAGUGUGUCAGUGUAUCAGCGUGAGUGUGUCAGUGUAUAAGUGUGAGUGUGUCAGUGUAUAAGUGUCAGUGUAUCAGUGUGAGUACGCUAGAAACAGAUGAAGAAGAUUGACACCAGCAUGAAGAGGAAAGCCACUGCAAGGCAGCACAAGGCGGAGGUGAUGAUCGCAGGUGAGCAGCUCAGGCUGCGACUGCACGACAGCAAGCUGAUCAAGGACCGGCGGUAUCACCUGCGCACCUACCCCAACUGCUUUGUGGCGCAGGAGCUGACGGACUGGCUGAUCGGCCACAAGGAGGCGCCAGACCGAGCCACCGCGGUUCGUCUGAUGCAGCAUCUGAUGGAACAUGAUAUCCUACACCAAGUGUGCGACAAGUGCUCCGUGUUCAGAGACGCCAAACUGCUGUACCGCUUCCGCAAGGACGACGGAACGUUCCCCUUCAAUUCGGAGGUGAAGGUCUUCAUCCGCGGCCAGAGGCUCUACGAACAGUUGAUUUUAGGGCGGAGCACUAUCCUGCAGGUGAGGGAGGAGCUGGGCGUGGCUUAUCAGCGCUCGUUCCCUGGCUGUCAGAUGAUCGAUUGGCUGCUGCAGAACAGCGAGGCCGAGAGCCGGAGGCAGGGCCUGGAGCUGUGCCGCGCCCUGCUGGAGCACGGAAUCAUCCAACACGUGUCCCUGAAGCAUCACUUCUUCGACAGCGCGCUGCUGUAUCAGUUCUGCAUCAACUUCCGGCGGCGGCGGCGUCUGGCCGAGCUGCUCGCGGAGAGCGAGGGGGACGCGGCGGGCGGGGAGGGGGGGGCGGAGCGGGCGGGGCCUCGCCCGCCGGAGAAUUUCACCGACAGCCCCUUCAUCCUGAGGAAAAACCUCCCCCAGGGAAACAGCAACUUCCUGUCUGUGCAGCCCAAUAAGGAGAUGAGGGUGAUGUCAUCAGUGCGCAGGGGGAGUUGGCCCGCACAGCAGAACACCCCUGAUGCGUACCUGCCCCCUGUGCCUCUCUGCUCCACCUCGCUGGCAAAGUGCAACCCCAAAUCAGUGCUGAGGAGGAGAGUGAGCUGGCAAGAGCUACUGUCUCCUGGUGCGCCCUUCAUCAAGCGGGUUCUGACGGUGGUGGGGGAUGCUGUGGGCUGGGGGAUUGUGGUCCGUGGGCCUUCGCCUUGCUACAUCCAAGCUGUGGACCCGGGAGGCCCUGCUGCUGCGGCAGGAGUAAAGGUGCGUCAGUUUGUGUGCCAGGUGAACGGGGUGUGUGUCCUUCACCUGCAUUAUCGCACAGUGACCAAUCUGAUCAUGUCCGGACCGCGUACAGUCGUGCUGGAGAUGAUGGAGCCACUUGACUGAGCUGAUGAGACCCAAACUGGACUAUGAUCCCCAAGAGAUCAGACACCAAUCCAAUGCUGUGACCAUCCUUUCAGAAAUUGAAUAUAAUGCCUAUAUUUGUACUGAAAUAAUUGCAAAGUAGCAAUAAUUUAUGCAUUUGCCGAUUUAGUCUUACAAUAUCUUUUCUGAUCUUGCAACUCUUCACAAUACAUGGACUCUUCAAAAAUGGACUAAUGAACAAAAUAUUGCUACUUUCAGAACUAGUAUAUAUAUAUUUUUUAAACUGUGUUUUGAAAUAUAUUCAUCAUAUUUAAUGAAGCAUCCACAUAUUUAUAUAUUGCAAUAAUUCAACUUACAAAAGGGCAUUACUCAUAUUUUUACUUGUAAUGGCAUCUUGGCACUUGCAUAUACAUAUAAACAUUGAAUUAUUAUCUGACAUUCCUUGAUGUCCGUAUGCCUUCUUUCAGAAAAAGCAGAAGCACUUUAGAAUCUGUGUCGUCUAUUGCUCUGCAUGUAGCACUGAUCCAAACUGGAGUGAUUGACUUGACAGCCUAAUGUCACUCAAAUAGCAUUCUUUGAUUUAUUUUUUUUAAUAAUGUAUGUGUGUUAUUUCACUUGUGCCUCAUUUAUCUAUUUUGAGAUUCAAACCUGCCACACCAGCUUGGCCACACCACCACCUAGACACUUUGAUACACUAUGAAACUAUGAGUUUGUUAAAGAUGUGAAACACAUUGCUUUUUACAUGGUUCGCCUUGAACCCCACCUUCACUCUAAUCUUUAGCAUACGUUUGGCUCCAUUUGGGCAGGCACGCUGGCGAUGUGUAACGUACGUCUACUGGUGCAACCCAAAGCAGCAAAGUGAAAUAUUCAUGGAUCAGUGUCACACGCCAUACACUAUUGCUCUAUCGGCGGUCAUAGUGCGCGGAAACUGGAUAUUUAAUGCAGCACCAUCUCAGUUCAUAACAGUUUCCAAGGGGUUUUCUUAUCUUGCAUACAGCCUGACAGGCACCAUGGACAGACGCACAGAACAGACGGUGCUGUGGGGAUGGUUUGCCAGUCCUA